GACACCCAAGUCCAGCAGCGUGUCUGGUGCGAAUUGGCUGAUCUCUGCAGAAGUCUGUGGAGCUGCAGUUUUACCCAUGCUGAUCUUGACCAUCGCUCCUGAAGCUGCAAGUGAGGAGAGGUGCUUGAGCGAUGACCUUAGGAACCUGUCCCUCUCUGGCCAUGUGGGCUUCGACAGCCUCCCUGAUCAGCUGGUCAACAAGUCAACGUCACAGGGCUUCUGCUUCAACAUUCUCUGUGUGGGUGAAACUGGCAUCGGCAAGUCAACGUUGAUGGACACUCUGUUCAAUACGAAGUUUGAAAGUGAACCUGCGACGCACAAUGAGCCUGGCGUGAGAUUGAAAGCCAGGAGUUACGAGCUCCAAGAGAGUAAUGUCCGUCUGAAGCUGACUAUCGUUGACACGGUUGGAUUUGGCGAUCAAAUUAACAAAGAUGACAGCUACAAACCUAUAGUAGAAUACAUCGAUGCACAGUUUGAAGCCUACUUGCAAGAAGAGCUGAAGAUCAAACGAUCCCUGUUCAAUUACCAUGACACCAGAAUUCACGCCUGCCUAUAUUUCAUUGCACCAACUGGCCACUCGUUGAAGUCCCUUGACUUGGUCACCAUGAAGAAGCUCGACAGUAAGGUGAACAUCAUCCCCAUCAUUGCCAAGGCUGACACCAUUGCAAAAAAUGAGUUGCACAAGUUCAAGAGUAAAAUCAUGAGCGAGCUGGUCAGCAACGGCGUCCAGAUCUACCAGUUCCCAACGGAUGAAGAAACAGUGGCUGAGAUAAAUGCCACAAUGAGCGUCCACCUUCCUUUUGCUGUAGUUGGCAGCACUGAAGAAGUGAAGAUCGGCAAUAAGAUGGCAAAAGCCAGGCAGUACCCCUGGGGUGUUGUGCAGGUUGAAAACGAAAAUCACUGUGACUUUGUGAAGCUGCGGGAGAUGCUGAUCCGAGUGAACAUGGAGGACUUGAGAGAGCAGACGCAUACCCGACACUACGAGCUCUACAGGCGCUGCAAGCUUGAAGAGAUGGGAUUCAAGGACACAGAUCCAGACAGCAAGCCUUUCAGUCUCCAAGAGACUUAUGAAGCAAAGAGGAACGAAUUCCUGGGUGAGCUCCAGAAGAAGGAGGAUGAAAUGAGGCAGAUGUUUGUUAUGCGAGUGAAGGAGAAGGAAGCAGAACUGAAGGAAGCAGAGAAAGAUCUUCAUGAAAAGUUUGACCAUCUAAAGAGGACUCACCAAGAAGAGAAGAAAAAAGUGGAAGAUAAAAAGAAGGAACUUGAGGAAGAGCUGAACAACUUUCAAAAGAAGAAGGCAGCGGCUCAGCUAUUACAGUCACAGGCUCAGCAGGCAGGUUCUCAACAAACCAAGAAAGACAAGGACAAGAAAAAUGCAAGCUUCACAUAAAGCCUGUCAAGCCAAGGAUGUUCCUGCAUUCACCUGCUUUUGCAGUAAUGUGUCUCUGCCAUCUGUUUUCUUUUUUCUUUUUUCUUUUGUUUUUUUUUUCCAUUUUUUUAACACGAAUAACUAUUAACUCAUCUAAUAACCUAGUGGGAACAAGAAGAAAGAAAGAUUGGGUACAGGACUGAAUGCACCUGCAAGUUCAGGGGUGGUUGGAGGGGCAAGGGAAUGAUACCAUGUUAUUUCUCUCAUCAAAACCAGGAGCAGUAAAUCAUUCCUGGCCCCAAAUUUGAACUGAGUCAGAGCUGGACCUCAGCAGCUUGGGUGAGCGUUACUGGCCGAGCCAGCAUACCCAGCUCUCAGAGGGCUGGCUGCCGUAGCCCUGUGCUGAAGGGGUCCCUGGGUCGCAGAAACCAGCCUCAGGGAAUUACUGCUGUACGAGGCUCACAGCCGGGUCCCCGGUGUGGCUAAACUCUGGAGUUUAGUCCAACCCAUGUUCUUUCAACAGCUAAUGUGUUAGAGCAAUGAGUCCCACUGUUGGGGGAGAGGGAGGUGGGGAGGUGGGGUGUAGAUAACAAAAGUUUAACUGACCUUGCAUGCCAUUACAUUUGCAUGAUAUUUUUUAGUUUCUGUUUUUGUUGUCUGACUCAAUCAUACUAGUUGGCUUGGAUUUAUUGUCAUGUGCUGGCAUAUUUUUACAGCCACCCUUCCAGUUCAGUGUAGUAGCUACCUGUUGAAUGCUGCGGUGGGAACCAAAUGGUGCUGCACAGGUGCCUGGGAGAAGGACCAUUUCUCAUUACUGCUUUCCGUGUGUCACUUGCCUGACCAUACCCUUUGAAACCUCGCUUAAAACAGUACCUGGUUUUAAUGUGCAUGAUCUUAGCAAGACUUAGCAGCCUUUAGGGAAUCAAAUGCUUGGGCAGGGGGGAAGACAUAGCCGUCAACAUCCUCUUAGAGCCUUCAGGAGGAUUCCUGCACACACUUAAAUGCAGACGUGCCAAGCUGUGGGAUCCAGAAUUUCAUGUCAAAGGUGAGCGAGCGCCUGGACAUACAUCUUCUGUGUUCCCCACUGGCCUUCCUGCCCCAGGGAUGAUGUCCCUUCAACAUGCAAAGGAGACUUAGAAUAAGCCGGGCCUCGCUCUGUGACCAGCACAGUGAGAAAUCAGUCUGUUUAAUGUCUAUUUUCUAUGCCAUUGCUUUUUGGACAGAAUCUUUCCCUUCCUUCCCAAGAAGUGGCGAGCCAUGCUUGUCCUAUGACUUCAGGAUUUCUUUCUCUUCUGCUGAUGUACAGCAAGCAUUUCCACUGCUCCUAGCUAGGUAGUCUUCUGUUUCUUCCCUGAAAGCACUCUUAAAAAUAGCACUCUCCACCUGAGUCUCAUGCACUGCAGCUCUUUGCUUGUUUCUGGGAUGGAAUUUCUUGCCUCUCGGGGUGGGGGUGAAAGGCAGAAUUACCACCUUUUCCGAAGGGUUGGAUUGGGAAAUGCAUUUGGGGGUUAGCUUUUGGGUCAUCUUGCUUUUUAACCCUCACUGCUUCAACAUGGCUUUGGGAAGAGAAUAUCUAAAUACGAUGGCUUGGACAGAUGGCAAAAAUUAAUUGGAGAUAAAUAAACUGGAAGUAAAAUAGUUGAGCCCUUUCUCUUUUGUUUUGUUAGGGUUUUUUUGUCCUUGUUGGUUUUUGGUUUAGGGUGGUUGUUUUUUUUUUAAAAUCACACCUCCUGUCUUAUAAACCAUGAUGUAGUUUUUGUCAGGUUAACUAAGUUUGCUAGGGGGGUGGUUUGGGAAAAAAACAUGGUUCCUAGGGUUUCUGGCAAACCCAGCUUUAAAAUGUUGAGUUAUCAAGGAAGAAGUUUGGGUUUUGGCAUGGGUUUUUACAGUCACGUUAUAAGCACAUCACGGAAUGCUUGUGGCGGUGUGCUUUGCUUCAGCUGUUUCCAUGCAUGUCUUUUUAACUACCAGCAUUUUGUGCCAAGUAGAAAACUUAACUUUUAACAUUUAUUUGUCCUGCUUCAUUUAACAGCCCUUCCAGGGAUGUUUGGCAGGGGAAAUCAGCUGAGUUGAGCUUUUCAUUUUUUUUGACAGAAAGCUGUGGCCAAGUGCAUUAAUGUAUUUUUGGUUAGCUUCGUUCUCCAGCAAAAAGCAAGUUGUUUUGGAGAAACGGGGAAUAAACGGUAAACUUCCAAAAGUUAAAUGUACUCCUUUGUGUUUUUUGCAAAAGGACAUGUUAAUGAUUUCUUUCCUUAAACCCCUGGGCCAUGUUAAGCUUGUUCCUGCUGCACUUCUUUCUUCUCUUUACUCAUGCCUUUUUUCACAGUAGCCACUGAUUCUGCAUGGAGUAAACGAUAAACUCAAAUCUAGUUGGAUGUGUUUCACCUUUGCAUGUAAGUACAGUAGUAAGACUCACCCUUUCUGCCUCACUACUGGUGUGAAACCGGUUGUGUUUUUUUCCGGGGGGGAGGGGAGCGUGUCUUUAAGUCCGCUUGCUUAAAAGUGGCAUUGUUAAAACUACUUCAAAACUUUCUGCAAUCACCUGGUUUUGCUGAGAUGUUAAAAAGAAGCCGUAGGGAACAUGACAACCAGCUCCUGCUGAAUGCCUAAAGCAACUCUGCACAGCUUCUCUGCAUGCUUGAAGCUAGCAAGCCAGCUGGUGAAACUGUGGACAGACAGUUGCAUUGGCAAAAGCCUUGCUUGAGAGGCACUGCAGCCUUUAACGUGCAUUCAACAGCAAUGACAACUAGCUGAUAAUGCUGCAUGUUCCUGACGAGUUGGAUUUCAAAUCUUAGAAUAUACAAAGGAGCAAGAAAGCACGUUGAAACAUGUGUUUCUGGGAUGAUGGUGUUCCCAGGGCACGGAAUGAACCCUCAGAAUGGGAAAAUAACCAAAAUCCAGGCCUCUGAGGGGCCCCGAUUGCUCUGGCGAGGUGGGCACAUGUGUGUCAGGCAGUCCGCUGAAAAGGCGGAGAUGAAUAAGGGUUUGCUCCCCCAAAACUUCACUGGAGGGUUGCACAGUUACUUUGCAGGAGGGCAGUAAGUAGGAAGGUGCCCUUUGAGCUCAUGGUGGUUAAAUGCAUCACCUUGUACCUCCUGUGGUGUGUGAUGCUGCCAGGGAGGGGGAGAAGCGGUGAGCGGGGCUCCUCUGCAGCCCGAAAACUGCAACUUGCCACCCUCUCUGUGUGCUUUGGAUGGCUUGAAAGCCUAUGAAGGAGAUUCGUGGCUUUGUGUCUCUCUUUAAGCAUGUCUUUAUUUAACACGAGCAGUGUUUCUCCAGGUAGCUCUCAUUCCGCUUCUCCGAAAGCAUCCAUGUGAGAAUGGAAAUGUCCUCUUGUGUGUGAUCAUAUCAGAUGUGUCCAUUUGAAUCCAGUUACCGUUUGCCCUUCUAAGAUGUUAGAAGAGUGUGUAUUUGUCUCUUCUCCGAGGACCCUGGUUGCAUUUGCAGUAUGUGAUAUCCAUGACGCUCUCAUCAGCGUGUAUCAUGGAACUGUACAAAUAUGAAGGGUUUUUUAAUUAACGGAAAAUAAAGCUGUGAACAGCAGUAGAAAUAUUGUAUUUGUAUACAUUUUUAAUAUCCUGAUUGCCUUAAACUAUAGAUGUAGAACUUUAUUACCUUGCUAUUUGAAAAUAACCCAUGUUUGUAACAAAAUAAUUGUAACCUACAUACAGUGUUAAUGCAAAUUAUAUGUAUGCAUCUGUUAGACAUUGUCACUUUAUUUGAUGUUAAAAUAUUUCAGGUUUUGAAUUACAAAUUGAAUAAUAACCUUAUAGCAUAAGCUCAGUUAUUUCGUUUAUAUGCUUUAGGUUACGUACACAAAUAGUGCCAACAUUCGAAGUGGGGAGAGGAAAUAUAUUUUUACCCAAACG